AUCAGCCACCAGCACUAUAAAUAAGGCUGGCAGCGAAUCCGCCCUGGGGAACCAACCGCUGAACCCUGGAGCAAGGAACAGACGGUGUUGUCGGCUGCGUGGAGGAGGUGCCUAGGAGGAGGCGUGGUGCCAGUGUUCUGUACUGGGGAGCUCAGCAUGUGCUCGAUUCCAGUGCAGUGUCUGUAGGGCUUCAGCUCAGCCGGGACACGGAUCACAGUGCUGGGUCAGAUCCAUAAGGGCUCCCCAGUAGGCAGCAGGAAUGGCAGGAACUCAGGUGGGACUACCGGGACCUUUCCUGGAGCCUCCGGUUGGGCCUUGCCCCGUCUCCGACUCUGACUCUGACUCAGAGGACGCAGCUGUGGGUGGCACAGGACCCAAUGCUGCAGCACAGAACUACUCCCAGGUCAUCCACAGUGGCCACUUCAUGGUGUCGUGCCCGCACAGCGACUCACUGCCCCGGCGACGGCACCACCGUGCCGAGCCCGAGCUGGCUGAUCCCCGGAGUAUUGACCCGACCCUCACCCGGCUCUUUGAGUGCAUGAGCCUGGAGUACAGUGGGAAGCUAGUAUCGCCAAAGUGGAAGAAUUUCAAGGGGCUGCGGCUGCUUUGCUGGGAUAAAAUUCGACUCAACAAUGUGAUCUGGAGAGCAUGGUACAUCCAAUAUGUGGAGCGGAGGAAAAACCCUGUGUGUGGCUUCGUCACCCCUCUGGAAGGCAUGGAGGCUUAUGAGCACCGAAAACCAGAGGCUGUCGUGCUGGAGGGCAACUACUGGAAACGCCGCAUUGAGGUGGUGAUGAGAGAGUACCACAAAUGGAGGAUCUACUAUAAGAAGCGGCUCCGAAAAGCCACACGGGAGGGAGGGAUCUCCAGUCCAAAGCGGGAUGAGGACGUCUGGAGGCCAACGGAGAAAUGGUGCAACCAGCUCUUCUGCAACGUAGUGCCCAUGCUGCUUGGGGAUGAGGAGGAGGACCGUGGGAACAGGCAGCAUUUCGAUUUGGACACCUUCCUCUCAGACAUAUCUGACACCCUCUUCACCAUGACACAGAUGCCCAGCACCCACCAGGUGCUCCCCGAAGAUGCGUAUGUUGGGAAUGCUGACAUGAUACAGCCGGAUUUGGCACCCCUGCAGCCCAGCCUGGAUGACAUGGACAUAUCAGAUAGAGGAAAGACAAUUGUCCCCCAGAGGAAGAGGAAACCUCUAGAGACGGGUGCUGGAGCGCGGUGUGAGGCAGAUGGACAAGUCCUGAUGGCAGAGGCGAGGGAGCAGUCCGGCCCUGUGCCCUGCUGGCACCGUGCUCCAGAAAUCUUCACCAGCCACCGGCCACCCUCAUCUCAGACACAACUGGGCUACCAGGAUCCAUCCUGCUUCUCGCCCAUGGUUGAGCCCCUGUUCAGCAGUGGGGGUUCCCUGAUGGGUGCUCGGGGUCUGCCUGUGAGCCCCGAGGCCCCACUCCUACCCGGCACCCUCCUCCAGCCCAGUGGUGCCUCCCAGCUCAGCCUCCACAGCACCUUCCUGGGCUCUGAGCUGCCCCUGGCCCCCCUGCCCCCCGAACCCCCCGACGUGGCACCCAGCAGCCUCAGCCCCCAGAUCCGACACAAGCCCACACUGCAAUACGACUUCCCUGGCAAGUGCCUUGGCCUGGAGCCACCAGCACCCCACUAUGUCCCCCCCAUCCCAUCCCCCCGGGCACCACUGCUGAGCCUGGAACCCCCCUUCUCCCCCACCUCAGCUCCCCGCUCUAAGCUCCCCUACAGCAGUUCACCUGACCCCUCGCUUGCUACCCACCCUGCCUCCCCUCUCUCAAGCCCUUGCUUUGCCCCCUACGUCCCAGGGCUGGGCUAUGCCACAGGCAUGGGGCCCCAGGGGUACUCCAGCCCUGCUGUCUCCCAGCUCCUGCCCCCCGCCCUACUGGGCAACCCCAGGUUUACCCCCCCCAAGGGGCCACCCCAGGGUGAGGGUGGGCAGCCCAAGGUGAAGCCCAGUGGCACCAAGGCAAGAAGGCUGCCAGGACACCCCCUGUCCCACCUGCCUGAGCCCAACCCCUGCCCAAGCCAGCUCCUGACCACAGCCAAGCAGGAUCUGGCGCUGGAUACCCCUUGCCCGAUGGGUGCAGGACUCAUGCCCACGACCCCUGUCUCCCCGCAGAGCACUGUCCCCAAAGUCCCUGCCACCUUCCUCUCCAGAAUGGCCCAGAUGAGCCCAGGACUGGCUCCUGGCUCCAGCCCUUCCCAAGUGUUGCUGCACACAGUGGGCACACAGCUGGGCCCCCUGCAAGUCCCCAAGGCAGAACAGCUGUCCCCUACCUCAGCUUGUGGCAGUGACUGGCCCAAGCCCAGACAGAUUUCCCCAGGACCCACUGCAAGGCAGAGCACUAGCAUCUCCCUGCACCAGCCUGUGUCCCGUCCGGGAAGGCCCGAGUCCAGCAAGGUGCCUGACGGCGCUGACCUGCAGCUGGAGAGCCGCCGCAUCACACACAUCUCCGCUGAGCAGAAGAGACGCUUCAACAUCAAGCUUGGCUUCACCACACUGCACAGCUUGGUGAGCACACUGAGUGCUCAGCCCAGCAUCAAGGUCAGCAAGGCCACCACCCUGCAGAAGACAGCCGAGUACAUCUGCAAGCUGCAGCAGGAGCGGGCAGCUCUGCAGGAUGAGGCACAGCGUCUGCGGGAGCAGAUCGAGGAUCUCAAUGGCUCCAUCAACCUGUGCCAGGAGCAGCUGCCAGCCACAGGGGUGCCCAUCACGCGACAGCGCUUUGACCACUUGCGCAGAAUGUUUGAUGAAUAUGUUCGCUCCUCCACACUGCAGAACUGGAAGUUCUGGAUCUUCAGUAUCAUCAUCCGGCCCCUCUUCGAGUCUUUCAAUGGCAUGGUGUCCACAGCCAGCAUGGAGAGCCUCACCCAAACAUCCCUCGCUUGGCUGGACCAGCACUGCUCCCUCCCAGCACUUCGGCCAACCGUCUUGAGCUCCCUGCGGCAGCUGAGCAUCUCCACCGCCAUUCUCAGCGACCCGGCCCGUGUCCCCGAGCAGGCGGCGCGGGCAGUGGCGGCGCUGGGACGUCCCGGCGCCUCCUCCUCCAUCUGACUACUCCAGGGCGUCCCACGGGCACCGGCGUGGGGAACCGGGACUGCACGAGGGCUGUCCCGCCCUGUCCGUCUACAAUAAAGGACUUGCUGUGC